AUGCCUGCCUACGAACUCCGAUCCGGUGGCGAUGUCAAGAACAAGAAGCAGAGUGUCGCCGACUUGAAAUACCGUCGUUUGACCGAGCUCAAUGCUCGUCUGAAGGAGGAUCUGGACCGUCCCCGGGUCAAGGUCUCCGAGGCUGCUCUCUCGUGCGUCACCUUGCUUCACUUCGUGCUCUCUAGCUCAACCACUUACUCCUCAAACAGCCUCAUCAGCUACUGCAAUAACACUCGCGACUUCAUGGUUCCCUCCGUGUGGGGACAGGUCGAUAAGCGCGAGGACCCCUACGCUCCCCAACAGCAGGGAGGUUGCUGCACCGUCAUGUAA